UAAAGUUUCUUCUCACACUUUCCACAGGUUCAGCACAAGUCACUCAGCCAAUCUUCUCCACUCUCAUCUCUGCAUCAAACCAAACUGCAUCUGCCACAGAAGACUCAAAAUCGCCCGUUAACGACACUCAGUCAACCUCCACUCUCAUCUCUACAUCAAACCAAACUGCACCUGCCACAGAAGGGAAUGAUGCUAAAGAAAUCCAGACAAACACAUCAACCUCACCCCCACUCACCUCCUCGCAACAACAAAACAUCAGUCUCUCUGCAGGGAAUAAUACUAAAGAUAAAAUCCAGACAAGCACAUCAACCUCACCCCCACUCACCUCCUCGCAACAACAAAACACCAGUCUCUCUGCAGAUAAAAUCCAGACAAGCACAUCAAUCUCACCCCCACUCACCUCCCCGCAACAACAAAACACCAGUCUCUCUGCAGAUAAAAUCCAGACAAACACAUCAACCUCACCCCCACUCACCUCCCCGCAACAACAAAACACCAGUCUCUCUGCAGAUAAAAUCCAGACAAGCACAUCAAUCUCACCCCCACUCACCUCCCCGCAACAACAAAACACCAGUCUCUCUGCAGAAAUCCAGACAAGCACAUCAACUUCACCCCCACUCACCACCUCGCAACAACAAAACAUCAGUCUCUCUGCAGGGAAUAAUACUAAAGAAAUCCAGACAAACACAUCAACCUCACCCCCACUCACCUCCUCGCAACAACAAAACACCAGUCUCUCUGCAGGGAUUGAGACCACCUCACCUCCAAGCACCACCAUCACGCUUCUCACCUCCAUGCAAUCCAUCUCAACCUCACCCGCACUCACCACCAGCAGCAUGGGUACCACAGUAAGCCCAUGUAAAUACAACCUUACCGAGAGAGGGGAUGGAAGUAUUUCUCAUGUCGUGAACGUCAAUGGCUCCCCUGACAAAACGUACACAGUCACAUUAAUGAGCAGGGGGAAACCUGUCAAAAGUGUAUCUAGCCUGACUGCUGUUGAAAUAAAGUUUGAAUGGUUAAAACCAUGCACUAUUUACACCAUCAGUGUAAAUGCCUGCGAACCCGAUGGAGACGUGACUUUUAUAUCCAGUGAUCAGAAUAAAACUGUUUUCCGCACUGUUGUAACCAAUGACAGUGUGUGUUUUGAAGGAGAAUUCAAAAACACAACACAGAUUCUGGAAUCUAUUAAAAUAACACAGAACAACUCUUGCAAACCUUUUCAAAAGCACAUAACAUUCGACACAUGUAACUACACAACGGAUGGCCUUGUGCCCCCAGUCAAACCAAUCAUAACCUUCAAUGAAACUAUUCCAUCUCAGUUUCAAUGGACUAAUAAACCAGAACAAUGUCAUGAAACGUUUAACAUCACUUGCAGCCACAACAAUGAGAACAAAAAUUAUGUUUUAAAUAAACCAGUGUCAUUAUUACCUGACAGAGAAUAUUCCUGCUUUGGAGAAUACCGUUACAGGAAUCAAACCAUCAAGAGUAAUAAUCAUGUGUUUACGAUAAAAUGCGAUUGGCAAAAUGCAGCAUUUACAAAUAUAUCCAGUGACACCUUUGAGAUAUACUGGAAUUCUUCCCUGGGAGAUAAAUGCUCAGGGGUUAAAUGGAAAAGUUAUUCAGCUAAAUGCGGUGCUGCAAAUGCGCAAAUCUGUAAAAAUAGGACAAGCAAAAACCAUGACAUAGUUUGCACUGUAAGUAAUUUAGAGCCAUUUACCCUCUAUAAAUGCAAAAUUGAGGCAGAGUACAUGGGCGAAACCUUUAACAUACCCCUCAAUGAACGCGAGACACAUUCUACCAAUCCCAAAUUCACAUCAGAAAUUAAAUGGCAUUACAUAUCUCACAAUUCUAUUGGCAUAAAUUGUGGUUCUGUUGAUAAUUGGAAUGGAAGACCGGGAACAUACGAUGCUGAAAUCAAAUACAAUGGAGAACGUACCGACUUCUUUGAAGGACAUACAACAUGCUCGUUUAAUUUUUCAAAUCUUUACUACCUUACAACAUAUGAUAUUGAGGUUACAGCCAGGAAUAAGGAAGGUGAUUGGAGUCAAAGAACAAUUAAAAAUGUUCCUACAAAAUACAACGACAAGGCUGUCAUUGGAUUCCUGGCAUUCCUAAUUGUUUUGACAUCAAUUGCGCUGCUCUUUGUGCUCUUCAAAAUUUACCUUCUCAAACGAAAGCACAAUGCUGAAGAUGAAGAGAUUCUUCUUACACAACCCCUGCGCCCAGUUGAGCCCAUCUACGCAGACAAUUUAAUAGAAGCUUACAAGAGCAAGAUCGCUGAUGAGGGCCGUCUGUUUAUGGAUGAGUUUCAGAGCAUUCCCCGAAUUUUCUCCAAUUACACCAUCAAAGAGGCAAAGAAACAAGAAAACCAGUCCAAGAACCGCUACGUUGACAUUCUGCCUUAUGACUAUAAUCGCGUUCCUCUCACAACUGGAGGUGAACGAGAAUACAUCAAUGCCAGCUUCAUCGAGGGAUAUCAAGAGCCGAAGAAAUACAUUGCAGCCCAAGGACCCAAAGAUGAGACUAUUGAUGAUUUCUGGCGAAUGGUUUGGGAGCAAAAGUCAUCCAUUAUUGUCAUGGUCACCCGGUGUGAGGAAGGAAACAAGAUCAAAUGUGCUCAGUAUUGGCCAUCUCUGGACAGAGAGACUGAGAUUUUCGAAGAUUUUGUUGUGAAAAUUCGAGCUGAGGAACACUGCCCUGAUUAUAUCAUUCGUUAUCUGGUCCUGGCCAAUAAGCGAGAGAAAGCCCCAGAAAGAGAGGUCACUCAUAUCCAGUUCAUCAGCUGGCCUGACCAUGGAGUGCCUCAAGACCCCAGCCUGCUUCUGAAGCUCAGGAGAAGAGUCAACUCCUUCAAGAACUUCUUCAGCGGUCCGGUCGUGGUCCACUGCAGUGCAGGCGUCGGCCGAACAGGAACCUACAUUGGCAUUGACGCAAUGAUUGAAAGUCUCGAGGCGGAGGGCAGAGUGGACAUCUAUGGAUUUGUAGCAAAACUACGUCGUCAGCGUUGCCUCAUGGUUCAAGUUGAGCCCCAGUACAUACUGAUCCACACCGCUCUGAUAGAGCACAACCAGUUUGGAGAGACAGAGGUCCCACUGACUGAAUUCCACUCAGUGCUCAACACCCUCAGGCAGAAAGAUGGAAGUGACCCCAGUUUGCUUGAAUUGGAGUUCCAGAAACUCCCCAAAUUUAAAAACUGGAGAACAUUUAAUGCAGGAAGUAGCGAGGACAACAAGAAGAAAAACCGCUACUCGUCUGUUAUCCCAUAUGACUUUAAUCGAGUCCUGUUUAGACUUGAAAUUGAGGGCAACCAGACCAGUGACCCUGAGGAUGAGGAUGAGUAUUCAUCAGAUGAGGAAGAAGAAUCUAAUGAAUACAUCAACGCUUCAUUUAUUGAUGGCUACUGGUGUCAUAAGAGUCUGAUCGCUGCACAGGGGCCUUUACCAAACACAACGGAAGAGUUCCUGCUCAUGCUGUAUCAGCAACAAACUAAAACCCUGGUCAUGCUCACCGACUGCCAAGAGGAUGGCAAGGAUUAUUGUUCUCAGUACUGGGGAGAUGAAAAGAAAGUGUUUGGAGAUAUGGAAAUAGAGGUGAAAAAGACAGAAAGCUUCCCAGCAUACGUCAGACGGCGCCUGGAAAUACAGUCCACAAAGAAGAAAGAGAUCUUGGAGGUGGAUCAGUACCAGUUUCUGAAAUGGAGAGGCAGUGAACUUCCAGAGAACGCUCAGGAGUUAAUAGAGAUGAUGAAGAGCAUCAGAGAGAACGGAAAUUAUGACAACAGCAACAUGAACCGGAACGUCCCUAUAGUGGUGCACUGCAACAAUGGAUCGUCACGCACUGGAAUCUUCUGUGCCUUAUGGAAUCUCAUGGACAGCGCAUUGACGGAAAAGUUGGUGGAUGUCUUCCAAGAGGUCAAAAACAUGCGCAAGGGGAGGCAGGGAAUGGUGGAAACAUAUGAGCAGUAUCAGUUCCUCUACACGGCUCUAGAGGGCGCCUUCCCGGUGCAGAACGGCGCCAUUAAGACACCAACUGCAACCGACAGCGCACAGGUCAUCAACGAAACGACGGCGCUCCUCACCGAGGCCAACAGCACUACCGGUGCUGACCAGAAGAAGGCGGAAGACAGCAAAGCCACGGAGAGCAGUGAACAGGAAGCCGCGGAGAACAGCGCUGCCGCGCCAUCACCAGCAGAGGGAGACGGCGAGAAAACCACAACGGAGGGCACCACCAACGGCCCUGCUGUCACCACCGUAGAGGUUUAGGCCAGUUUUGAGCUAAAAUGUUUUCUCUGCAUUUGACACCAAGUGUCUCAAAAAUAUUUUACACGUUGUUAUCAUACUUUUGUUUUCUUGUUUUUACAUUUGAGAUUUACAUUGAAUUCAGGUCGGAUCAGACUGAUCCAUUACAACUUACGUUUCUGCCUCAGGUUUCAAUUUUGAUUUACUGUACAAUGAUGCUGUUUGUGUGAAAUCUGUGCAUACUGAUAAUGUUUAUUCACAUGUGUAAAGGUUUUUUUUUUUUUUUUUUUUGCUUUAUGAUUUGAUUUUUAGGCUAUCAAAUUGCGUUUUUGAAUGUAUUGUAAAAUAAUUCCUUAAAAACGAUAUUUUAUUUUAAUAUUCUAGUUUGGAAACUGUAUCAAAGCACAAUCUAAAUUAUGGUGUCUGAAAUGUUUGAUGGGAGUGAGUGCUUUCAUGUUCGAGAACAACAAAAUAAAGAGUGGCAAAGAUGACUUUGCACUACAGGGCUGUCAUCAAACUAUCUUUAAUUUCACUGUUUUUCUGAAUCGCUUCAAUACAUGUUUCAUUUUAAGCAGAUGUAAAAUAACAAAAAAGAAUAAAUGUUGGCUUGGACAA